AUGAAGAGUGGUUCCCUUAUCUGGUGGUCAGCGGGGCUGAGUGAGAUGCGGGAAGGAGCCCAUAGCAAGCAUAACCUCUAUCCUGUGUUUCAACAAUGUAUCUUCAGCAUGACUGACAUCCUGGUAGGAAUCUCCUCUGAAACACAAGGCAGGAAGGACAAGGCCCUCUGGUGUUUUGGUGAGGAUAUAACCCCGGCAUUGCAGAGGGUCUCCAGGACCUCCGGGGUGGGCUCACUGCCCCUGCCUGCAGAAGGAGAGACGUCCCUCUGGUGUGAAAGAAGCUCUCCUCCCUGGGCUGGGGCUGAGGGCCGCCCGCAGCCUGCCUUAAACGCAGUUCCGCCCUGCGCUCCCCUGCCGAGCCGACCUUCAGAUGUCUCGGUGACCGCGGUCCUCUCCUGCGGAGCGCUUCCCAACCCUCACCCUCACCACCCGGGCUCCCAGCACACCUGUCAUCUCACAGUUGGCGCGCACACUGCUCGGCAUCCCGCUGCGUUGCCCCCACCUUCCACGCCCUUCCCCUGUUCUCCGCCGCCUCGUACCUGCUCAGGAAGCCUCCAGAAUCCUAGUGCAGCCACCCUGCCUCCCUCCCUCGGGACUCGCCUGUUCCCCUUCCCGCCAGCUUCCCGCCCUGGACCCUCAUGUCCUCGUGGGCGGCUCUCACGUCUGGUUCCUUCAGCGCUUAAGCCGGAACUUUCACUUGGAAGGGCUUCCAGCAGUCACUGUGGCACCUCCUACCAUGUCUACAAAUCAUCAUUAAACUUGAAAUUUACAAUUUUACCCAGUCACACAUGUGGAAAUCCUGGGGAAAUCCUGAAGGGAGUCCUCCACGGGACACGAUUCAACAUAGGAGACAAGAUCCGGUACAGCUGUCUCUCAGGCUAUGUCUUGGAGGGCCACGCCAUCCUGACUUGCAUCGUCAGCCCGGGGAAUGGGGCCUCCUGGGACUUCCCAGCCCCGUUCUGCAGAGCCGAGGGGGCCUGCGGCGGAACCUUGCGGGGUACGAGCAGCAGCAUCUCCAGCCCCCACUUCCCCUCCGAGUACGAGAACAAUGCGGACUGCACGUGGACCAUCCUUGCGGAGCCCGGGGACACCAUCGCGCUGGUCUUCACUGAUUUCCAGCUCGAAGAAGGGUACGACUUCUUAGAGAUCAGUGGGACAGAAGCGCCGUCCAUAUGGCUAACCGGCAUGAACCUCCCUUCUCCUGUCAUCAGUAGCAAGAACUGGUUGCGACUCCAUUUCACAUCCGACAGUAACCACCGACGGAAAGGAUUUAAUGCUCAGUUUCAAGUGAAAAAGGCGAUUGAAUUGAAGUCGAGAGGAGUCAAGGUGAUGCCCAGCAAGGACAGCAGCCAUAAGAACUCUGUCUUAACUCAAGGAGGUGUUGCUUUGGUCUCCGACAUGUGUCCAGAUCCUGGGAUUCCAGAGAGUGGCAGAAGAGUGGGUUCAGACUUCAGGGUUGGUGCAAAUGUACAGUUCUCCUGUGAGGACAAUUAUGUGCUCCAGGGAUCCAAGAGCAUAACGUGUCAGAGAGUCACCGAGACCCUGGCUGCGUGGAGCGACCACCGGCCGAUCUGCAGAGCAAGAACAUGUGGAUCGAAUCUGCGUGGACCCAGUGGUGUCAUCACCUCUCCUAAUUACCCGGUUCAGUACGAAGACAAUGCUCACUGUGUGUGGGUCAUCACUACGACGGAUCCUGACAAGGUCAUCAAGCUUGCCUUUGAGGAGUUUGAGCUAGAAAGAGGUUAUGACACCCUAACUGUGGGCGACGCGGGAAAAGUAGGGGACACCAGGACCGUCUUAUAUGUACUCACUGGAUCCAGUGUUCCUGACCUCAUCGUGAGUAUGAGCAACCAGAUGUGGCUGCACCUACAGUCUGAUGACAGCAUAGCCUCGCCUGGAUUUAAAGCCGUUUACCAAGAAAUUGAGAAAGGGGGGUGCGGGGAUCCAGGCAUCCCAGCUUACGGUAAGCGGACCGGCAGCAGCUUUCUCCACGGAGACACACUCACGUUCGAGUGCCAGGCGGCCUUCGAGCUGGUGGGGGAGAGAGUCAUCACGUGUCAGCAGAACAACCAGUGGUCUGGCAACAAGCCCAGCUGUGUGUUUUCCUGUUUCUUCAACUUCACGGCAUCAUCAGGAAUUAUCCUCUCACCGAAUUACCCGGAAGAGUAUGGUAACAACAUGAACUGUGUCUGGCUGAUCAUCUCUGAGCCGGGCAGCAGAAUUCACCUCAUCUUUAAUGACUUUGAUGUGGAGCCUCAGUUUGACUUCCUUGCGGUCAAAGAUGAUGGGAUUUCAGACAUAACCGUGCUGGGCACAUUCUCGGGCAACGAGGUGCCAUCCCAGCUGGCCAGCAGCGGGCACAUCGUCCGCCUGGAGUUCCAGUCGGACCACUCCACCACCGGCCGGGGCUUCAACAUCACCUACACCACAUUUGGUCAAAACGAGUGCCACGACCCUGGCAUCCCCGUAAAUGGACGGCGCUUUGGUGACAGGUUCCUGCUGGGGAGCUCAGUCUCCUUCCACUGUGAUGACGGCUUUGUCAAAACCCAGGGCUCGGAGUCCAUCACCUGCAUCCUGCAGGAUGGCAAUGUCGUCUGGAGCUCCACCGUCCCCCGCUGUGAAGCCCCAUGUGGAGGACAUCUGACAGCUUCAAGUGGAGUGAUUUUGCCCCCAGGAUGGCCAGGGUAUUACAAAGACUCCUUAAAUUGUGAAUGGAUAAUUGAAGCAAAACCAGGACACUCUAUCAAAAUCACUUUUGAUAGAUUCCAAACCGAAGUCAACUACGACACGCUGGAGGUCAGAGACGGGCCGGCCAGCUCGGCCCCGCUGAUCGGGGAGUACCACGGCACGCAGGCGCCCCAGUUCCUCAUCAGCACGGGCAACUUCAUGUACCUCCUGUUCAGCACAGACAACAGCCGGUCCAGCGUGGGAUUCCUCAUUCGCUAUGAGAGUGUGACUCUGGAGUCCGACUCCUGCCUUGAUCCUGGGAUCCCCGUGAAUGGGCAUCGGCACGGCAGUCACUUUGGCAUCCGGUCCACAGUGACCUUCAGCUGUGACCCAGGCUACACGCUGAGUGAUGACGAGCCCCUGGUCUGUGAGCAGAACCACCAGUGGAACCACGCAUUGCCCAGCUGUGACGCCCUCUGUGGAGGAUACAUCCAUGGAAAGAGUGGAACAGUUCUUUCUCCUGGGUUUCCAGAUUUUUACCCAAACUCUCUAAACUGUACAUGGACCAUUGAGGUGUCUCAUGGAAAGGGAGUCCAGAUGAUCUUCCACACCUUUCACUUGGAGAGUUCCCACGACUACCUGCUGAUCACCGAGGACGGGAGCUUCUCGGAGCCAGUGGCCAGGCUCACGGGCUCGGUGCUGCCUCACACCAUCAAGGCGGGUUUGUUUGGAAACUUCACAGCCCAACUUCGGUUUAUAUCAGACUUUUCCAUUUCCUACGAGGGCUUCAACAUCACAUUUUCAGAAUACGAUCUCGAGCCGUGCGAUGACCCUGGCGUCCCUGCCUUCAGCAGAAGAAUUGGCUUUCACUUCGGAGUCGGGGAUGCACUAACCUUCUCCUGCUUCCCGGGUUACCGCUUAGAAGGUGCUACCCAGCUCACGUGCCUGGGUGGGGGUCGUCGUGUGUGGAGCGCACCUCUGCCAAGGUGUGUGGCUGAAUGUGGAGCAAGUGUCAAAGGAAAUGAAGGAACGUUACUGUCUCCAAAUUUCCCGUCAAACUAUGAUAAUAACCAUGAAUGUAUCUAUAAAAUUGAAACGGAAGCUGGCAAGGGGAUCCAUCUCAGAGCACGAAGCUUUCAGCUGUUUGAAGGAGAUAUUCUGAAGGUCUACGACGGAAAGGACAGCUCGUCGCGGCCCCUGGGCGCCUUCACGAGGAACGAGCUGCUGGGGCUCGUUCUGAAUAGCACCUCCAACCACCUGUGGCUGGAGUUCAACUCCAACGGAUCCGACACAGACCAGGGCUUCCAGCUCACCUACACCAGUUUUGACCUGGUGAAGUGUGAGGACCCAGGGACGCCUCACUACGGCUACAGGAUCCGGGACGAAGGCCACUUCACCGACACGGUCGUCCUGUAUAGCUGUAACCCAGGCUACGCCAUGCACGGCGGGGGUACUCUGACCUGCCUGAGCGGGGACCGGAGAGUGUGGGACCGGCCAUUGCCUUCCUGUGUAGCGGAAUGUGGCGGGCGGAUCCAUGCUGCCACUUCAGGACGCAUCCUGUCUCCAGGAUACCCUGCUCCCUACGACAACAACCUCCACUGCACCUGGGUGGUAGAGGCGGACCCGGGGAAGACCAUCAGCCUGCACUUCAUCGUGUUUGACACGGAGCUGGCCCACGACAUCCUGCGGGUGUGGGACGGCCCGGCGGACAGCGCCAUCCUGCUGAAGGAGUGGAGCGGCUCGGCGCUGCCCGAGGACAUCCACAGCACCUUCAACUCCCUCACCCUGCAGUUCGACAGCGACUUCUUCAUCAGCAAGUCCGGCUUCUCCGUGCAGUUCUCAACAUCCAUUGCAUCCACCUGCAACGACCCGGGUAUGCCUCAAAACGGUACCCGCUACGGGGACAGCAGAGAACCUGGGGACACCAUCACUUUCCAGUGUGACCCUGGGUACCAGCUCCAAGGGCAAGCUAAAAUCACCUGUGUGCAGCUGAAUAACCGAUUCUUUUGGCAACCAGACCCUCCUACAUGCAUAGCGGCGUGCGGAGGGAACCUGACCGGGCCCGCGGGGGUCAUCCUGUCCCCCAACUACCCGCAGCCCUACCCGCCCGGGAAGGAGUGCGACUGGAGGGUGAAGGUGAACCCAGACUUCGUCAUCGCCCUGAUAUUCAAAAGUUUCAACAUGGAGCCCAGCUAUGAUUUCCUGCACAUCUAUGAAGGAGAGGACUCCAACAGCCCUCUCAUUGGAAGUUUCCAGGGCUCUCAAGCCCCAGAAAGAAUUGAGAGCAGCGGAAAUAGUCUUUUCCUGGCGUUUCGAAGUGAUGCUUCUGUGGGCUUGUCGGGGUUUGCCAUUGAAUUUAAAGAGAAACCACGGGAAGCCUGUUUUGACCCUGGAAACAUAAUGAAUGGGACGAGGAUCGGGACCGACUUCAAGCUCGGCUCAACUGUCACUUACCAGUGUGACUCUGGCUACAAGAUCGCUGACCCAUCUUCUAUCACGUGUGUGAUUGGAGUGGACGGAAAGCCCGCGUGGAAUCGGGUCUUGCCCUCCUGCAAUGCCCCCUGCGGAGGCCAGUACACGGGGUCAGAGGGGGUGGUAUUGUCACCCAACUACCCUCACAACUAUACCGCCGGUCAGACCUGCCUCUAUUCAAUAACGGUGCCAAAGGAAUUCGUGGUGUUUGGGCAGUUCGCCUAUUUCCAGACCGCGCUGAAUGACCUGGCAGAGCUGUUUGAUGGGACGCACCCUCAGGCCAGACUGCUCAGCUCCCUCUCGGGGUCUCACUCAGGUGAGACACUGCCUUUGGCCACAUCCAACCAAAUUCUGCUCCGAUUCAGCGCAAAGAGUGGGGCUCCAGCGCGGGGUUUCCACUUCGUGUAUCAAGCUGUCCCGAGGACCAGUGACACCCAGUGCAGCUCUGUCCCCGAGCCCAGGUACGGGAGGAGAAUCGGUUCCGAGUUCUCGGCGGGGUCCAUCGUCCGCUUCGAGUGUAACCCGGGCUACCUGCUCCAGGGCUCUGCGGCCAUCCGCUGCCAGUCUGUACCCAGCGCCCUGGCCCAGUGGAACGACUCGGUCCCCAGCUGCGUGGUCCCCUGCAGUGGCAAUUUCACUCAGCGGAGAGGUACCAUUUUAUCCCCCGGCUACCCUGAACCCUAUGGCAACAACUUAAACUGCAUAUGGAAGAUCAUCGUUACAGAGGGGUCAGGAAUCCAGAUUCAAGUGAUCAGCUUUGCCACGGAGCAGAACUGGGACUCUCUGGAGAUUUACGAUGGUGGUGACGCAAGCGCGCCAAGGCUGGGGAGCUUUUCAGGUACCACGGUGCCAGCACUGCUCAAUAGCACAUCCAACCAGCUCUACCUGCACUUCCAGUCGGACAUCAGCGUGGCCGCUGCUGGCUUCCACCUGGAGUACAAAACUGUGGGUCUUGCUGCUUGCCAAGAGCCAGCCCUUCCCAGCAACGGCAUCAAAACUGGAGACCGAUACAUGGUGAAUGACGUGCUGUCCUUCCAAUGCGAGCCUGGGUACACGCUGCAGGGCCGUUCCCACAUCUCCUGUAUGCCAGGGACCGUGCGGCGUUGGAACUACCCGUCUCCCCUCUGCAUUGCGACCUGCGGGGGCACCUUGAGCAGCAUGGGGGGAGUGGUCCUGAGCCCCGGGUUCCCCGGCACCUACCCCAACAACCUGGACUGCACCUGGAAGAUCUCCCUGCCCAUAGGCUAUGGUGCACAUAUUCAAUUUCUGAAUUUUUCUACUGAAGCUAAUCAUGAUUACCUUGAAAUUCAAAAUGGCCCUUAUCACACCAGCCCGAUGAUCGGGCAGUUCAGCGGCCCCGACCUGCCCAGCGCCCUGCUGAGCACCACUCACGAGACGCUCAUCCACUUCUACAGCGACCACUCGCAGAACCGGCCGGGGUUUAAGCUCACUUACCAAGCCUAUGAAUUACAGAACUGCCCUGACCCACCACCUUUCCAGAAUGGGUAUAUGGUCAACUCUGACUACAGUGUGGGACAGUCAAUAUCUUUUGAGUGCUAUCCUGGGUACAUUUUAAUUGGCCACCCAGUUCUCACCUGUCAGCAUGGGAUCAACAGAAACUGGAACUACCCUUUUCCAAGAUGUGACGCUCCUUGUGGGUAUAAUGUGACAUCUCAGAACGGGACCAUCUAUUCUCCCGGAUUUCCGGACGAGUACCCCAUCCUGAAGGACUGCAUCUGGCUCAUCUCAGCGCCACCUGGCCAUGGCGUCUACAUCAACUUCACCUUGCUGCAGACGGAAGCUGUCAAUGACUACAUCGCGGUUUGGGAUGGUCCUGAUCAGAAUUCUCCACAGUUGGGAGUUUUCAGUGGGAACACAGCCCUGGAGACAGCAUACAGCUCCACCAACCAAGUCCUGCUCAAAUUUCACAGCGACUUUUCAAAUGGCGGUUUCUUCGUCCUCAAUUUUCACGCAUUUCAGCUCAAGAAAUGUCAACUUCCCCCAGCAGUUCCACAGGCAGAAAUGCUUACAGAGGAUGAGGAUUUUGAAAUAGGAGACUUCGUGAAGUACCAGUGCCACCCCGGGUACACGCUGUCUGGGAUGGAUACACUGACCUGUAAGCUCAGCUCCCAGCUACAGUUUGAGGGUGCCCUGCCGACAUGUGAAGCACAAUGCCCAGCCAAUGAAGUCCGGACAGAAUCCUCUGGCGUCAUCCUCAGCCCAGGGUAUCCAGGCAACUAUUUUAACUCCCAGACCUGCUCCUGGAGCAUCCGAGUGGAACCAAACUACAACAUCACUAUCUUUGUAGACACAUUCCAAAGUGAGAAGCAAUUUGAUGCACUGGAAGUAUUUGAUGGGUCUUCUGGUCAAAGUCCUCUGUUAGUGGUCUUGAGUGGAAACCACACUGAACAAUCAAAUUUUACAAGCAAGAGUAAUCAGUUAUAUCUCCGCUGGUCCACUGACCAUGCAACCAGUAAAAAAGGAUUCAAGAUUCGUUAUUCAGCACCUUACUGCAGCUUGACCCACACCGUGAAGAAUGGUGGUGUUUUAAAUAGGACUACAGGAGAAAUUGGAAGUAAAGUGCAGUAUUUCUGCAAACCUGGGUAUCGGAUGAUUGGCCAUAGCAAUGCCACCUGUAGACGGAAUCCAGUUGGCAUGUAUCAGUGGGAUUCCCUUGCUCCACUCUGCCAGGCUGUGUCCUGUGGAAUCCCAGAGUCCCCAGGAAACGGUUCAUUUAUGGGGAAUGAGUUCACACUGGACAGUAAAGUGACCUAUGCUUGUAAUGAGGGCUUCAAGCUGGAUGCUAGUCAGCAAGCUACAGCCGUGUGUCAGGAGGAUGGAUUGUGGAGCAACAGGGGGAAGCCGCCUGCGUGCAAACCGGUCACCUGCCCGGGCAUCGAAGCCCAGCUCUCGGAACACGUCACCUGGAGGCUGGUGUCGGGGUCUCUGAAUGAGUACGGAGCGCAGGUGGUGCUGAGCUGCAGCCCCGGGUACUACCUGGAGGGCCGGAGGCUGCUGCAGUGCCACGCCAAUGGCACGUGGAGCGUGGGGGAGGAGAGGCCGAGGUGCAGAGUGAUCUCAUGCGGAAGCCUGUCCUUUCCCCCAAAUGGGAACAAGAUUGGAACGCUGACGGUCUACGGUGCCACAGCCAUAUUCACGUGUAACUCAGGCUACACGCUCGUGGGGUCCCACGUCAGAGAAUGCUUAGCCAAUGGGCUCUGGAGCGGUCCCGAGACUCGCUGUCUGGCUGGCCACUGUGGCUCCCCGGACCCCAUUGUGAAUGGUCACAUCAGCGGUGACGGCUUCAGUUACAGGGACACAGUGGUGUAUCAGUGCAACCCCGGCUUCCGGCUCGUGGGGACUUCCGUCCGGAUAUGCUUGCAAGACCACAAGUGGUCCGGACACACCCCAGUCUGUGUCCCCAUCACCUGUGGACACCCAGGGAACCCCGCCCAUGGGUUGACCAACGGCAGCGAGUUCAACCUGAACGAUGUGGUGAACUUCACCUGCAGCCCCGGCUACCUGCUGCAGGGUGCGUCUCGAGCCCAGUGUCGGAGCAAUGGCCAGUGGAGCAGCCCCCUGCCCACCUGCCGAGUGGUGAACUGCUCCGACCCAGGCUUGGUGGAAAAUGCUGUUCGUCAUGAGCACCAGAGCCUCCCCGAGGGUUUUGAGUAUGGAGUGACUGUUGUAUAUCAGUGCAAGAGGGGCUUCUACCUGCUGGGAUCUUCUGCCCUCACCUGCAUGGCAAACGGCCUGUGGGAUCGCUCUCUGCCCAAGUGUCUGGUGAUAUCAUGUGGACACCCCGGCGUCCCUGCCAACGCCAUACUCACAGGAGACCUGUUCACGUAUGGGGCCGUGGUCCACUACUCGUGCCGAGGGAGCCGCAGUCUCGUGGGCAACAGCAGCAGAACCUGCCAGGAGGACAGUCACUGGAGCGGAGCCCUGCCCCACUGCACAGGAAAUAACCCUGGUUUUUGCGGUGAUCCAGGGACCCCAGCCCAUGGGUCUCGACUUGGAGAAGAGUUUAAGGCCAAGAGCCUCCUCCGCUUCUCCUGUGAAAUGGGCUACCAGCUGCGGGGCUCAGCCGAGCGGACGUGUCUGCUCAACGGGUCCUGGUCAGGACUGCAGCCCGUGUGCGAGGCUGUGUCCUGUGGGAACCCGGGGACGCCCGCCCAUGGCAGGAUCGUCAGCAGCGACGGCGUGCUGUUCUCCAGCUCCGUGGUCUACGCGUGCUGGGAUGGCUACAGGACCUCAGGGCUGACCACGCGCCACUGCACCGCCAACGGGACCUGGACCGGCACGGCCCCUGACUGCACGCUCAUCAGCUGUGGAGACCCAGGGACCCUGGCUAACGGCAUCCAAUUCGGGACCGAUUUCACCUUCAACAAGACGGUCAGCUACCAGUGUAACCCCGGCUACACCAUGGAGCCCGCCACGUCCCCCACCAUCCGCUGCACCAAGGACAGUGCCUGGAAUCACAGCAAACCAACCUGCAAAGCCAUCACAUGCGGCCAGCCUCCUCCGGUCCAGGAUGGGAAGGUGGAAGGAACGGACUUCCGCUGGGGCGCCAGCAUCAGCUACAGCUGCACCCACGGCUUCCAGCUCUCCCAGCCUGCCAUCCUCUCCUGUGAAGGCCGAGGGGUCUGGAGAGGCGAGGUCCCCCAGUGCCUGCCUGUGUUCUGUGGGGACCCCGGCACCCCUGCUGAGGGGCGCCUCAGCGGCAAGAGCUUCACCUACGGAUCUGAAGUCUUCUUCCAGUGCAAGUCCCCCUUCCUCCUGGUGGGGUCGUCCCGGAGAGUCUGCCAGGCAGACGGCACCUGGAGUGGCGUCCAGCCCACCUGCAUUGAUCCUGCUCAUAACACCUGCCCAGACCCUGGUACUCCACAGUUUGGAAUACAGAAUAGCUCAAGAGGAUAUGAGGUUGGAAGCAUGGUGUUUUUCCGGUGCCGAAAAGGUUACCACGUUCAAGGCUCUACAACUCGAACUUGCCUGGCGAACCUGACGUGGAGUGGCAUCCAGACAGAGUGCAUCCCUCACGCCUGCCGCCAGCCUGAAACACCAGCCCAUGCAGAUGUGAGAGCCAUAGACCUCCCCACCUUUGGCUACACCUUGGUGUACACCUGCCAUCCAGGAUUCUUCCUUGCAGGUGGAUCUGAGCACAGGACGUGCAAAGCAGACAUGAAAUGGACAGGGAAGUCCCCUGUCUGUAAAAGUAAAGGAGUGAGAGAAGUUAAUGAAACAGUUACUAAAACUCCAGUUCCUUCAGAUGUGUUUUUCAUCCAUUCGGUGUGGAAGGGAUAUUAUGAAUAUUUAGGGAAAAGACAGCCUGCGACCCUAACUGUCGACUGGUUCAACGCAACCAGCAGCAAAGUGAAUGCGACGUUCACUGAAGCCUCCCAGGGGGAGCUGAAGUUGACAGGUGUUUACAAGAAGGAGGAGGCCCACUUACUUCUGAAAGCUUUUCAGAUAAAAGGUCCAGUGGAUAUUUUCGUCAGCAACUUUGAGAAUGACAACUGGGGACUGGAUGGUUAUGUAUCAUCCGGACUUGAAAGAGGAGGGUUUACUUUCCAAGGUGACAUACACGGAAAAGACUUUGGGAAAUUCAAGCUGGAAAGGCAAGACCCCGUGAGCUCCGACCAGGACUCGUCCAGUCAGUACCACGGCACCAGCAGUGGCUCCGUGGCGGCUGCCAUUCUGGUUCCCUUCUUCGCGCUCAUCUUAUCAGGGUUUGCAUUUUACCUCUACAAACACAGGACGAGACCCAAGGUCCAGUACAACGGCUACGCCGGCCACGAGAACAGCAACGGGCAGGCCUCCUUUGAGAACCCCAUGUACGACACGAACUUAAAGCCCACUGAGGCCAAGGCCGUGCGCUUUGACACGACUCUGAACACGGUGUGCACCGUGGUGUAG